AUGGUGACUGUAAAUGUAAAAGAUUUUAAUGAUGGAGUCGUUGCCACUAUUAGAACGCUGCUUGCUGUAGCUGCUGCCAAGGGAUGGAUUCUCCAUCAGCUUGACAUUAACAACGCCUUCCUUAAGGAGACCUUCAAGAAGAAGUAUAUAUGCUGCCUCCACCAGGUUCAAGAUAUAAAGACUUUCCUCCAUAAAACUUUUGGCAUCAAGGAACUUGGAGAGUUGAAGUUUUUUCUUGGAUUUAAAGUGGCACGUUCAGAUAAAGGAAGCAAACCAGCAGCUACUCCCUUGGUUUCUUCCGUUAAAUUGAGCAAGAGUGAUGGUUCUCCAGCCGUUGACAACACCACUUACAGGCAACUACUUGUAAAACUCUUGUAUCUCACCCACACUCGGCUGGAUAUUACCUUCGCUGUGCAACAACUUUUGCAGUUCCUAGAAGCACUGACAGGGUGUCAUAUGCAAGCUGCACACCGGGUGCUACAGUAUUUGAAGAAUGCUCCAGGUCAGGGGUUGUUUUAUCCUGGACAAAAUUCUUUGCAACUCAAAGGCUUUAGUGAUUCAUAUUGGGGGACAUGUGCAGAUUCUCGUAAAUCCAUAACUGGUUAUUGUGUUUUCUUGGGUCAGUCAUUGUGA